AUGUUGACAGGAGAAUUACCUGUCAGUAUCGGUAAUCUCACAAAUCUGGUGCUCUUGAAAUUACAAAACAACCGUCUUACGGGUAAAGUUCCUUCUAGUUUUGGCAAUCUUAAAAAUCUGACAGAACUUGAUCUCUCACGUAACGCGUUUUCCGGAGAAUUGUCGACAUGGAUAGGAGACUUGACAAGGCUGAAUUCCCUCGAGAUAUCCUACAAUUGUUUCCAGUCAGUUAUACCUUCAGGUCUCAUAAAUUUGAAGAGCCUUAUUGGACAUUUGAAUGUGUCGCAUAACAAGUUGACAGGGAAAAUUCCUCUUCAUCGUUUUCCAUAUCCUGCCUCUUCUUUUGUGGGCAACCCUGGUCUAUGCGAUUACCCACUUCCUCCUUGUCAUGCUACUGCAUAA